UCUGUCAUCCUAACAUCAACCGGAUCAGUCUUCUUGCAUAUUUUCGUUAGAAAAGACGAAGAUUUAGUGAAAGGCAGCAAUUCAUAAAAAUGAAUAAUGUGUCGCAGUUACCAAUCGUAUUUAUCAUAUUUUUAAUAAUGCUGCUUGUGAUAUCUAUUCGUGGUACGAAUCUCAGCAAUAUUCUUUACAUAAGUGCCGUUGCAUCGCCAAGUCACUUUCUUUGGAGCCAACAAUUUUCAACCAUACUUGCCAGUAAUGGUCACAACGUCACCUUAUUGAACAUCUAUAAAGAGGGAAAACAAAAUAAUCUUCAUUUUCUUAAACUAGAUGGCGUUGACAAUGCAUUAUCAUUGGACCACUCUAUAGAUUAUUUGGCUUUACAUUCCAUGUCUCCUUUAGAACUACUCUUAUCAUUUUUUGAGCUUGAAUACAUGGUUUGUGAAUAUUCAAUUGCAUCUAAACAAUUUCUUAAGUUAUUAAACUACCCAAAACACUUUACAUUCAAUCUUAUUAUACAUGACCAUCUGGCUGGUCCUUGUUUACUUCUUUUAUUAGAGCGAUUCAAUUUCCCUCCGCUAAUUAUGGCUUCAGCUUCUAAUAUUCUUUCGAGUGUAGAGUGCAUCAUGGGGUCUCUUACGUACCCAGGUUUUAUACCAAACUCUCUUCGUGAUCCACCAGCAACAUUUGGGUAUCUGGAUAGAAUCUACAAUUAUAUGUUAACAACCUAUGAAUUUUUAUUUAAAAGGUACUACAGUGACCCUCUAGUUGACAGUUUGAUUCAAAGACGUUUUCAAAAUAUAACAUCAGUAUCUCGCUUAGAAUCUACCGCAGUGGUAGUACUAAUGAACUCUAUAACACUUUUAGAAACACCAGAACCUCGAAUUUGGCGUGUUGUCAACGUCGGAGGGUUGCACAUAACUGCUCCAAAAAUGCUCCCAAUGUUUUUAUAUCAACAUGCAAAUAUAACAUAUGAAAAAUGUGUACUUAUAUCGUUUGGAAGUAAUCUAAAGCUUGACAGUUUAGAUAACUUUAUUGCACAGACCAUAAUUACUGUUGCACAACUUUUGCCAAACUUUAUUUUUUUGUGGAAAGUGGAUAUACAAAAAACAGCAAUUGAAGGACUUCUUCCAGCAAAUGUAAUAACUUCAGAUUGGUUUCCUCAAAAUGAUAUCUUAGGAAGUGGAAUGGUUGAUGUGUUGUUUACACAUGGAGGGCUAUUGACGAUUCAAGAAGCAAUGUGGUACGGUAUACCUAUGCUUGGUACUCCAAAUUAUGGUGAUCAGUACCAAAAUGUUCAUCGCAUAGAGAAACUGGGAAUAGCCAAGAAGCUGUAUCUAGAAGAUUUAAACCCAGUAUCAUUAAAAGGCAAUUUGCUUGCCAUCAUCUAUAAUGAAAGGUACAAACAGAGAGCUACAGCAAUCGCAAAAACCAUUCGUGAUGAACAAAUAACACCUCAAAGAAAAGCUCUUUGGACGGUAGAAUGGGUGUUAAGAAACUACGGAACCAUCCAACUGUUAGAUGAUUUGAAUGAAGUAGGAUAUAUUGAAAAGAAUUCUCUGGAUGUAUUGUCAACCCUGAUAAUUAUAUCUAUAUGUAUAAAUUUCCUGUUAUUUCGUAUUAUACAGGUUUGUGUCAGUUUUAUGACUGCUAGAGUUGUUAGAAAAAAUAAGAUGAAGAAAACACCUUAACACCACUGAUAAGAUCAAAAGCCAUUUCCAAACAACGGUUAGAGUCGCUAGCAAAUAGGGUAAUUUGUCAAUUGUUGCACACUGAAGGGAUUGUUUGAUUUCAAUCAAAAUAUAAACUACAAAGGUGUUCACUGGGCAAAUUAAACCUUAGUUAGUGAGGCAUAAUUCUUAUUAAUUUAGCAAAGAAAUCCAUUCGUUGUGAUUGAAAUCAGUCGAAAAACUUUCAUCUGCGUUUAAAAAAACGAAAAGUGCACUUUAAAAAAAAUAAAACAGUGGAAUAUGCUACAGAAAUGCUCAAUAUUUAAGGAAAAAUGCUGACUUUCAUGUAUGUGCAUAUAUGUGGCUUUAUGUGAAUAUUUAGCUACUGAAAAUAUAGUUACUCACUUAAGAAACGUCAUCUAAUCUUUUCAGCGUAGGUUUCAAAGUCCAAACAGGAUUACAGGUCGACGCAUAGCUCUUUUUGCACUAAUGCAAAGAUCUUGGAUUUGACAGUUGCCUCGUUCAUUUCUACACCCACACAAGCCCGAAGUGAAAGGGGUUUUAAUUUUGUAGCUGUUUUUUUUUAUUAUUUAGGUGCUCUUUUCUUCUUUCUUAAUUGAAUAGAGUCAAGUAUGUGUUCAAAUGUGUUCUCUCAACAAAAAAUCUUAUCAAACAUACUGGUUUGCUCAAAAUUUACAGUUUUCUUUGCGUCGAAUACUUCUGAAUAUCAAAGGUUUGUGGGUGUUUUUUUUCUGUGUAUGGUACUCAUCACAGGGCUUUCCAAGUCAGUUUCGAAUUUAAACAUUGUUAUUCACGCUUGCAAAAUGUUGUCGAUGUGACAUUUCAUUUCCAUCAUAAUAAUUUUUAAUUUCUACAGCAUGAUUUUCAUCGCGGUUUUUAGCUAGAUUGAGUUUGACAGUUAUUUGUUAUGUGUUGAAAAUUAUGUGUUGAUACUUGGAUGCGAUGAAUAACAAUGUUUACUUUCGAAACUGACUUGAAAACCCCUAUAAUACAGGGGUUUCCAAUUCACUUUCGAAUGUGCACAUAAUAAUAUAUGUUUUUCAACAGCUGUCAAAUGGUGUAUUCGUUCCAUAAUGAAAUUUAAGUUUUUAUACAUGAUUUUCAACACAUCCCAAAGAACUGUCAAACUCAAUCCAACUUGAGAUGUGAUCAAAAUCAUGCUGAUGAAAUUAGAAAUUAUCAUGAUGGAAAUGAAAUAUCAGAGUGAUAUGGAUCUUGCACGCGGUGAAUAACUACGUUCACAUUCGAAACUGACUUGGAAAACCAUGCAAAUAACUACAGGUCGGUCCGUCCAGUGUACUUCCACAAAUUUGGUAGGCACAAAUUUGACAGCCAGGCAAUCCAAAGUUUCAUACAAAGUCCUUAAAUACCAUAGCUCUCUAUGUGUCAAUCUCCAUAGAAAUCUCUAUCCAUCAUGGCUACCAAAAACAGAGCUAAGAACCCACUUGAAGUGUAUCUAGCUAUCUUCAGUUAGACCCAUUCGUCACUCUUGGUCGUCUUGGAGGUGUGUAUGACUAGAUGGGAUCUUCUAACUGUGCGGCCACAAAGAGUGAACUAUACAGCGAAAUGAGCUAUUUGUCAGGUAUGGCUAAUAGUGUUAUUACAUUUGUAAAAUUGAAUUGAAAUCUGCAUGAAAAGAAGUUAUCAUGGCUCAAAAAAUAAAUUCGGAUAGCCCUAUGUAAAUUCUGUAACGAGUGAAAUUCAACUAUAAGAAUAUUGAACCUAAUGUAAACAAGACUUCAUA